AUGGCGGCUGCUAGGCCGCGGAAGCUUAUGCUGCUGGGAGCUGCAGCGGGCUGGACACGGCUGCAUCGGCUGAUCGGCGGACAUGGGCGGCGAGGAAGCGGCGACGAGGUCCGCCGGAACGCGGAACAAGGCUGCUGCGCAGACAGAGACAGACACGCACAGGCGGAGAGGACCGAACAGCGCCGCGGCACGGGCGGCGUCGGACGCAGGCGAAGCGGAAGAGGAGAAGAGGAUCUGGCGGAGCGGACGACCAGAGACGCGGAACGGGCGAGCGGCCGCAGGACGACAGAGGGCAGAGGCGACGAGGCCACGGCAGGCGAGGCCGCCGCGAGACGAGGCCAGGGAGGAGCGGCACGCCGGAGCAGCGGCACGGCGCAGGGCAAGGGAGGAGAGGAACGCACGCGCGACGGCCGGGAGGCGCGAAGCAGGAGACGGCAGGAAACCGCGGCGCGGCCGCAGGCGACAGACGGACAGGACGGAGAGGCAAGAAAGAGUAAGAGGAAGGGAGGCGAGGACAGAAGGCGCAAGACGGAAAAGGAGGCGCGGCACAGAAGGAGACAGCAGGACUCAGGAGGCGCACGGCGCACAUGCGAGAGGCAAAGGGAGGAGAGGACGAGGAGAAGGAGGAGAAAGGCAGGAGAGGAAGCAAAGAGAAGCGGCAGGGAGGCGCGGAAUAAGCGCGAAGAGGCAACAGGAGAGGAGGACAAGGCGGAGAGGCAAGAACACGCGACAGCGGAAGGGAGGAGAGGAAGCAGGAGAAGCGGCCCACGCGGCGCGGAAGCAAGGCGAAGCGGAAACGGAGGCGGACAGGCAGCAAGCGACGAGGACCCGGGCGGCGCGGCGCCGGCGCACGCAGGCCGACGAGAAGCGGCCCAGGCGGUCGCGGGCCGGCGCAGAGGCACAGGGCAGGCAGCUGACGCAAGGCGAAGAGGAAAGGCGGAGAGGACAGAAGGCGAAGAGGAAUGGAGAGCGGACGCAGGCGCAAGUAGGCAAGGGAGGAGAGGCCGAAGGCGACUGAGGAAAAAGGCGGAGAUGGCAAGAAAGAGAAGAGGAAAGGGAGGAGAGGAGAAGGCGCACGAGGAAAAAGGAGCCCGGGACUCGGGGAGAAGGCAGACACAGCGCAAGCGGACAAGGGAGGAGAGGAAGCACGGAUCACGCGGCAAGGCGAAGCGGCAAACGGCGGAGGCGGCAGCAAGAGAAGGAAAGGGAGGCGAGGGCAAGAAGGCGAAGAGGACAAAGAGGAGAGGAAGAAGCGAGAGGAAAAGGGCGGAGAGGAAGCAGGCGACGAGGCAACGGCGACGAGGAACAGGAGGAGACGGAAGAAAGCAGACGCGGAAAAGCGGCGGAGAGGAAGAAGGAGAAGAGGAAACCAGGAGGAGAGGAAGCAAGCAGAAGAGGACACGGGGGCGAGGAACAGAAGGGAAGAGGAACCGGAGACAGAGGAAACGGAGGAGCGGGACGCUACAGAGCAGCGGAAAGGGGGAAGAGGGCAGAAGCGACUGCAAGACAAGGAUGCGCGGCCGCAACCGCGAGAGGACGGAGGCGAGACAAGAGGACACAGGAGGAGAGGAACGACCGAGCAGCGGACAAGCGGAGAGGGAGACCGAGAAGCAGGCCGCCGGGCGGCGAGGCGCCGGCGAAGAGGACAGGAGACGCUGGAAACGGAGGAGAGCAGAACGAGCCGAGGCACAAGGAAGGAGGCAGCAAGUAGACGAUGGCAAUGGGAGGCGUGGACGCAGGCGACGAGGCACGGAGGCGGAGGCGACCGCGCGACGGCAAAAGGCGGAGAGGAAGAGGACACGGAGGAGAGGAAGAACGAGCAGAGGAAAGGGCGGCGAGCAGCCGGCGACCGGCCGACCUGGGGAAGCGGAAAAGGAGGCGCAGGAAGCCAGAGACGACCGCACGGAGGGCGCGGCAGCUCAGCGCAGAGGAAACAGGGGGGAGGAAGCAGGGUUCGAGGAAACGAGGAGAGGAGGACUGGAGAGGAAAAGGUGA